UUCAUAUAAUCUUUCAAAAUGGUCAAAUUUCUAAUAAUUUUGUUUUCACUGUUUGUUAUCGUUACGAUAAAAACCGCAUUUGCAAGAAGAAAUAGACCUGAAGAUAAAACAAAAUGUCCGGAAGUUAGAGCUAUAAGAAACUUUGAUUUACAAGAGAUGCUGGGUGAUUGGUACGUAAUCGAAUAUUAUGCAAGCUCGGAAGAAGCUCUUUCUUAUCGAUGUAUGAGGGCAGAAUUCACCAUGUCUACAUUCGAGAAUAUUAAUAUGAAUUUCACUUAUAGUUUUGUAGAUGAUCCUAUAAAUGAGAUACUGAUAGGCAAUAUAUCUUGGAUUAUGCCUAAUCCGGAAGUACCAGCUCAUUGGAUUCAUUCAGAAGACACUUAUGAAGGGGUCUACAAUACGUAUGUUUUAGACUCAGACUACACAUCGUGGGCUCUACUCCUUCAUUGCGCUGAAAAAUCUAAAGUACCUAGAUAUCUAUCAAGUUUUAUAAUGAGCAGAGAACCGAUAUUAGGAAAUAAUGUUGUAUCAUAUCUUAGAGAUAAACUUCCAAGAUACGAUAUUGAUUUAUCUUACAUGUUUGACAUGCAACAAAACGAUUGUAAUUCUACGUUUAUUGAUAUACCACCAUCGUUGUUGGUAGACAGACCUAUAAUGUCUUCUAGAAGACAUCCUAUGAAACAUCACCAUGGGGAAUAAAGGAAAGAAUGCUUAUUGUAAUUUCCACAUUAAAUUUGUAUAUUUACUACAAAAUAGAA